UACAUGGGAGGUGUGCCCCCGCCUAAAAGACCUCAGCAAAUAUUCAUAUUUAAUACAAUGGAAAGCCCAGCUUUCAUGCACCGACCCUCACCCAAGUGGGACGACAAAUUAGACUGGUUAAUGUCGUAUCGUAGAAAUUCAGAUAUACACAGGCCGUAUGGAACUUUAGUGAAACGAGCUUCACCUUUAAUGAAGAAUUACACAGAUGUGUUUAAGAGAAAGAAAGGAUUUGGAGUAUGGAUGUCUGGACAUUGUCCCGUGCCAUCUCGCCGACGAGACUAUAUACGAGAACUGAAGAAGUAUAUAAAAGUAGAUAUGUUUGGUACUUGUGGUGAUCGCGUUUGCCGCAAUAGAUCUCCAGUUUUAAGCGAGUGUUUGAGAAACUUUUCUAGGGAUUACAAGUUCUACUUUUCAUUUGAAAAUAAUAUAUGUGAGGACUAUACGACAGAAAAAUUAUACAAUUUAUAUUUGGGCAAUUUAGAUGUGAUACCUGUUAUAAAUGGCCCACAAACAGCCAAGGAGUAUUUGCCAAAAGGAUCGUUUAUCAGCGCUUUGGAUUUUCCCUCGCCUAAAGCUUUGGCAGAGAAACUUAAAGAAAUUGCCUCAAAGGAAGACGUUUUUACACAAUACCUAAGAGAAAAAGACAAAUAUUACGAAAUUGGUAUUGACGAAGUAUUUCUGAAUUCAAUGUGUAAGAUAUGUGACAUUUUGGAUAAAACAAAUGGAAAACCUCAACGACCUAAUGGAACGAUAUGGAAGCGCUUCUUUUCUAAAGGAGGAUGUUGA